CCAGUUUAUCCUCACCAAUCGAGAGAGAGAGAGAGAGGUUUGUCGAAUUCUUGUCAGGUAUUUCUUGCCACAAAUACGUCUCGAUCGUGCUGCCCAAGAACUCGAAUCCCGCUUAAUCUAAAAGGAAUCAUUUAGGGUUUCGAUCUGGAUAUGAUUCCAUUUUUAUAACAAGUAACGGUUUUAGUGUUUAAAACUAAAAUUGAAAAUCAGGGUUUUAUAGGUCAUUGCAAUCGAUUUAUGUUCUUGGUUGUGUUUAUUGGACGAUAUAUGAAUUCUGUUUCGCUUUUUGUAUCAGCUUGUCACGAGAAACUGGGAUUUGUGUGUUGAAUUUGAUUAAUGAAGUGAACAGUUGUGGUUUUCAUUCGAUUGACCUGAAACUUUUUGUGGGAUUGAUUGUUUGUUUGCAAUGGGAGACGAGACACCACAAACUGUAAUGAAUCUUGACCUGAAUUUGGGACCUGUUGUUCAUCCUUCGCCGGAAAACGAUCCCAGAACUUUGAACUUGGAAGAUUGGUUAGAUGGGCCUGUAAGGGAAGCAAUCGGUGGUCAUCGGAGUAUAGCUAGGCAACGGUGGCGGUCAAUAUGGCGGCCGGUUCUUUUCCCAUUGGAAACCAGAACCAUGGCUCUUGAGUUAAUGGGUGGAAGCGGUUCGGAAACUGGUGAGGGAAGCAUGGCGGCAGAUGGAAGACCGCCGGAGGUGGCUAAAAUGUGCGAUAAUGGUAACGGGUAUCAAGAAAACGAUGUGGUGGGAGAGAAAGAAGACGUUGCAAAGAGUAACGGCAAUGAAGGCGGGUUUUUCGAUUGUAACAUCUGCUUAGAUAUGGCAAGAGAACCUGUUGUAACUUGUUGUGGACACUUGUUCUGUUGGCCGUGUCUUUAUCAGUGGCUUCAUAUUCAUUCUGAAGCAAAAGAAUGUCCGAUUUGCAAAGGAGAGAUGACUACAAGAUCCGUAACUCCAAUCUACGGCCGUGGCAACCCGACACGUGUCAUUGAGGAAGAUUCGAGUCUCAAAAUCCCUCAUCGGCCUCAAGCAAAAAGAUACGAGAGCUGGAGGCAAACGAUUCAAAGAAACGCAUUUACCAUGCCAAUGGAGGAAAUGAUCCGUAGGCUUGGUAGUCGAUUUGAUUUAACUCGAGAUUUGGUUCAGGGUCAUCCUCUUCUUCCUGAAGAUCCAAGAUUAAUUUCAGAACGAAACAACUCUUUACUAAAUCGAUAUUUGAGUUCUAGAGGAUUUCGAACGGAUCAAAAUCCAACAAACUCUGAGGGAGAGGAAAGCCAUCGAUUGUUAUCUAGUAGAUCAAACCGAUCUACUGUAAUCUCUAACUUGACAUCUGCUUUAACUUCUGUUGAAAGAUUGGUUCAGCCAUUUCAUGGCCAUCAAGAACAAACCCCAUCAGUGGAGGAUAGAGAUUCUGUUUCAAGUAUUGCUGCCAUUAUACAGUCGGAGAGCCAGACGGUAGAUACUGCAGUCGAAAUCGAUUCGAGGGUAUCUGUAUCGACUUCCACCUCCAGAAGAACCGAAUCCUCGAGGGUUUCAGAUGUUGACAGUGGAGAUUCUCGUGCACCUAGAAGGCGUCGUUUGCACUGAAAAUGAACCCUGCGUUCUUGUACAUGGAAGUGGCAUUCUUAUGUUAAACGCGGGGCUACUUUCUGUACAUAAGUUCUUUAGCUUUACUUGAUAUAAAUCUUUCUUGUGCUGAAUAAUGUCUGAUCUUUUAUGAGGAAAUUGCUUAUUGAUUCUGAUUGUCAAUUCAUGUGUGUGCUUAAACUA